CCGCUCGGGACGGCCGUACCGCGGGUGGGGCCUCUCCGCUUGUUGUCGUCCGGUGCCUGAAGGGGAGAGGAUCGGCCGCUCAGCCCCCGAGGGACCCCGCAGGUGUCGUUCAGCCGCUCUUCCCGAGCAAUCGGGGGCCAUGUCGAGGUGCGCGGAGGCCCCGUGGGCCGGCGCCAGGCGGCGGACGGCGGCCGAGGCACACGCGCCCUCCUUGAGCUUCCCACGGAGACGCCUUCCUUUACAAACGCUACGAGCUUGAAGGAACCGGCACGGUGAGGAGGCCCCGCCGGGACCGAGAGCAGGAAACGCAGGACACGUGGACAUCACAGCAGCCGUUGGACGAAGAACCUCUCGGAAAUCUGAGACAAUGAAGUUGUUGGAGAACUCCAGUUUCGAAGCCAUAAACUCUCAGCUGACGGUGGAGACGGGCGACGCUCACAUCAUCGGCAGGAUCGAGAGCUAUUCCUGCAAAAUGGCGGGAGAUGACAAACAUAUGUUCAAGCAGUUCUGCCAAGAAGGACAACCUCACGUCCUGGAAGCUUUGUCACCUCCACAAACCACCGGAAUCAGUCCCAACAGGUUCGGCAAAAGCCAAAGUGGGGACGAAGAAGGUCCUCUGAGCGACAAAUGCAGCCGUAAGACGCUCUUCUACCUGAUCGCGACCCUCAACGAGUCCUUCAGACCCGACUACGACUUCAGCGCCGCCAAAAGCCACGAGUUCAGCCGAGAGCCGAGUCUCAACUGGGUGGUCAACGCCGUCAACUGUAGUCUCUUCUCGGCCGUUCGAGAGGACUUCAACGCUCUGAAGCCCCUUUUGUGGGACGCGGUGGACGAGGAGAUCUGUCUGUCGGAAUGUGACAUCUACAGCUACAAUCCCGACCUGGAUUCCGAUCCUUUUGGAGAAGACGGAAGCCUCUGGUCCUUCAACUACUUCUUCUACAACAAACGCUUGAAGCGGAUCGUCUUCUUCACCUGCCGCUCCAUCAGCGGUUACGCCUACACGCGUUCGGAAGCCGGGAACGAGCUGGACAUGGAUCUUGGAGAAGAAGAUGCCGAGGAAAAACGGGAUGGAGGGAGCGAGAGCGGCGGAGUGGAGAAGGACAGGUUGCAAGUUCUUUGCAUGUGAACUUCCUGCUCGGCUCCGAGGUUCCCGGCUGCGCUUCCGGAGCCUCUUGCUCCGUCUGCGUCCCGUGCCGCGCUCUUAUCCUGCUCCUUCCAGUCCCCUCAGCCGUACACUGGAUUCCUCCGGCAUUUUUGGAGCUCAACGGACUGGAAAUAGCUCCAACUUUUUCCCCCCUUUGAUUUGCUCCUACCGAGAAGCUUCUUCUUCCCCGGCGUUCCGGACAGCUUUGGGGGAGCUCCGAGACGCUUCGCUGCACUUUAUCCCAUUUUCUGCACUGAUCCCGCAAAUUCCUCGUGGCGUCGAAGCCGGGAUGGAUUUCCCUCGAGCACUUUUCCAUCCUGGUUGCCGUCCAUCCGUCCGUCCAUCCCAGGAAAGCAACCGAGAUACAUCCGACUUGACCUCCUUUGGAAGCAGCAUCACUGACCACCCCACAAACUCUCCGCGGCUCUUUUCCCGUUGGAAAAUCCGAUGGAUUCCAAAAGCUUUGCUUUCUUCCUGUCCCACGACCGCGGCUUUUCCCGCUGGUUGGGUGGAAUUUUCUCCUCACCGGAUGGUUUUGAGGGACCUGGAUGGGUUCCCACUCCUCAGCGGACGCUGAACCAAGCGCCUCAUCCUACGCUUCCAAGGUUUUCUUGGGAAUUUUUUAUUCAGCCGCAUUUGAUUUUUUGGUAGUUCGGAAGGCGGAACGCGGUGAGGCUGCGAUGCCGGAUUCGGCUUAAACCCUUCCCGGGGUUGGUUUUAUGGUAGGGAUGACCUUGGCCGGGAUCCACAUAUCCGAUCCCACCACAUCUCCCUCCGUCUUCUCCGUUCUCCGUGAAGUUUCAAGGGAGACGUCUUUCCCAGUUCUGGUGUUUCGGUCAACACCACCUCAGGGCCGGGAAUGCGGAUGGAUGGAUGGAUGGAUGGAUGGACGGACGGACGGAACGGCGCCUCGACGCCUUCCCCGAGGCGCCGGCAGCAGCGCGGUGUCACCAACGAUGGCUUUUCCAGCUCCGUUCCUUCCCUGUGCUCCUCAAAAGUUUGGGAUUUGCUUCCUCCCUGUUCUUCACGAUGGACCUGAGCUCCGGGUGCGGAGAUUUCCCUUCGGCUCCCAGCGUUCCGCCCUCUUUUUUUCCCCCCCCUUCGCUCUUCCUUCUCCGGAAUUUGGCUCCGGUCUCAUCCAUCGCUUCCGAGCUGUUUUUUCACCCCGUUGAGGAGUUUGGACUUCACGGCAUCGCGAUGUAGCCUCACACCAAUAAAGUUUUUCUGUGUUUGGCCCC